ACCCGUCCAUCGAUUAGAAUCGGGGCUAAUCGGAACUGGUUGGCAUUCAUCGACGUUCUCGCAAUAAACGCCAUUAACCCGUAGGCGGUGAAGGAGUACCGCCCAAGGCAGCGAAAACGAAAACGCCGAUCAUCGAAGCGAAAAAGCUACUUGACUUGAUUCCGAAGGAAAGCCUCCCUCUGUUGAAGAAGUUUCUCUCUAAUCAGAACGAUAAUGGCUACGGCAGCGAUAGACAGUAAGCAGGCAGCCGCGGCUACACCAGAAGAGAUGUGCUCUUCGAAGACGACGAAGCAAGGAGAAGGUCUCAGACAGUAUUAUCUUCAACACAUCCAUGACCUUCAGCUUCAGGUCCGGCAGAAGACUCACAAUCUCAAUCGCCUUGAAGCUCAGCGGAAUGAUCUUAAUUCCAGAGUCAGGAUGCUUAGAGAGGAAUUACAGCUGCUUCAAGAGCCUGGAUCAUAUGUAGGAGAGGUGGUGAAGGUUAUGGGUAAAUCGAAGGUUUUAGUGAAGGUUCAUCCAGAAGGGAAGUAUGUUGUGGAUAUUGAUAAGAAUAUUGAUAUCACAAAGAUCACACCAUCAACCAGAGUUGCUCUUCGUAAUGAUAGUUAUGUGCUUCACUUGAUCUUGCCCAGCAAAGUUGAUCCCUUGGUCAACCUUAUGAAAGUUGAGAAGGUUCCAGAUUCUACAUAUGAUAUGAUUGGUGGUCUUGACCAGCAAAUAAAGGAGAUCAAGGAGGUCAUUGAGCUUCCAAUCAAACAUCCUGAAUUAUUUGAGAGUCUUGGAAUAGCUCAACCAAAGGGAGUCUUGCUUUAUGGACCACCUGGUACCGGGAAGACAUUGCUGGCAAGAGCAGUGGCUCAUCAUACUGACUGUACUUUUAUCAGGGUAUCUGGUUCUGAGUUAGUUCAGAAAUACAUUGGUGAAGGUUCUAGGAUGGUUAGGGAACUUUUCGUUAUGGCCAGGGAGCAUGCUCCAUCAAUCAUUUUUAUGGAUGAAAUUGACAGUAUUGGAUCUGCUCGCAUGGAGUCUGGGACUGGCAAUGGUGAUAGUGAAGUGCAACGUACAAUGUUGGAGCUUCUAAAUCAGUUGGAUGGGUUUGAAGCUUCCAAUAAGAUUAAGGUUUUGAUGGCAACAAAUCGAAUUGAUAUUUUGGAUCAAGCUCUCCUUAGGCCUGGACGGAUUGACAGGAAGAUUGAGUUCCCAAAUCCCAAUGAAGAGUCCCGUUUUGAUAUCCUAAAAAUACACUCAAGGAAAAUGAACUUGAUGCGUGGUAUUGACCUAAAGAAGAUUGCUGAGAAAAUGAAUGGUGCAUCUGGUGCGGAGCUCAAGGCUGUGUGCACAGAAGCGGGGAUGUUUGCAUUAAGGGAGAGGAGAGUCCACGUAACACAAGAAGAUUUCGAGAUGGCAGUGGCCAAGGUCAUGAAGAAGGAGACUGAGAAAAACAUGUCUUUAAGAAAGCUAUGGAAGUAGUUGCGUUUAGAUGCUUCUAUUUCAGUUCUAGAUGGAUAUGGUUUGGGAUAUCAAUUCGGUUUUAACUUUCAAGUUUCAACUGAGCAUUUCUUUAACUUGUGUUCCAUCUGCCGUAAUUUUUUUUCUUGCUUCCUUCCCACCUCCCUUGUUUUUUCUUUUUUAUAUAGUGACAAGUCGAAUUGUAUCAAGUACAUGAAUCACUAUAGAUUUGAUUUUUGGUGGCUAUGCAAUUCAAAUCUUAAUUCUUAAUGGUGGGAUUCUCCUACGACGCCAAAGAAAGGUUUUAGGUAGACACCAGAAUUGUAUCAAGUGCAUAAAUGGAAGCUUGCUAAUUCUCUUUUUGUUUUUGA